AUGGAACUCUUCUUCUCCCUCCAAUCAUUUUUCAUCCCCAUCCUCUCGGUUCUCUUCCUUUAUCUCUACUUUCGUUUCUUCACCAUAUCAAACAAACCCGGCUUCAAAACCUACCCUCUUGUCGGAGCUUUACCCUCAUUUAUAUUAAACCGCCACCGCUUCCUCCAAUGGACCACCCAAAUCCUCCGCGACUGUCCCACCAACACCGCCGUUUUCAUCCGCCCCGGCAGAAUACACGGCAUCAUAACAGCCAACCCAGAAAAUAUACAACACAUUUUAAAAACCAAAUUCGAAAACUACCCUAAAGGCGAAAGAUUCAUCAGUUUACUUCAAGAUUUUCUCGGUAGAGGAAUAUUCAACUCCGACGGUGAUCUCUGGAAGCUUCAGAGAAAAACCGCCAGCUACGAAUUCAACACCAAGUCCUUAAGAAACUUCAUCGUAGAAAAUGUAACUGUUGAAACGCAAACUAGGCUCAUUCCUAUUCUCUCAAAAGCAACUGAGAAAAACGAAGUCCUUGAUUUGCAGGACCUUUUAGAAUGUUUCGCAUUCGAUAACGUUUGCAAACUCGCUUUCAACGUCGACCCUGGAUGUCUCGGCGGUGACGGCACCACCGGAAACGCCUCCUUCAUGCGCGCUUUCGAAGACGCUGCAGUGUUAAGUUCUGGAAGGUUCAUGUCUCUUUUCCCAUCGUCAUGGAAAGUGAAAAAGAUUCUCAAUACGGGAACAGAGCGGAGAUUGAAACAAUCAAUCGCAGCCGUUCAUGAGUUUGCUGAUGAAAUCAUACGAUCAAGAAUGGAAGCGAAAGAGGGUCCUACAAAAGGUGAAGAUUUAUUAUCACGCUUCAUCAGUACAGAAGAAGCUUCACCGGAGUUUCUCCGUGAUAUCGUGAUAAGCUUUAUUCUGGCUGGACGCGAUACGACGUCGUCUGCUUUGAGUUGGUUCUUCUGGAUCUUAUCUUCGAGAACCGACGUUAAAGAAAAAAUAAUCAAAGAAAUAGAAACGGUGCGUUCAAGAAGUGAAUCCAAAACGGCGUCGUUUGGUUAUGAGGAAUUGAAGGAGAUGCAAUACUUACACGCGGCGAUUACGGAGGCGAUGCGAUUGUACCCGCCGGUACCGGUUGAUACGAAGGCGUGUUUAAACGACGACGUUUUGCCGGAUGGAACUAGAAUUCCAAAAGGUUGGUUUAUUUCUUACCAUACUUAUGCUAUGGGGAGAAUGGAGAGUGUGUGGGGGGAGGAUUGUAAUGAGUUUAAACCUGAGAGGUGGUUAGAAAAUGAGAAUGGUGAUGGUGAUUAUGUUUGUAGAAGUGAGAGUCCGUUUCGGUUUCCGGUGUUUCACGCGGGUCCUAGGAUGUGUUUGGGGAAAGAAAUGGCUUAUAUUCAGAUGAAGUCUAUUGCAGCUUCUGUUAUGGAGAGGUUUGAGGUUGUUGCGGUGGACAAAGACAAGUGUCCUGAGCAUGUUUUGUCUUUAACUUUGAGGAUGAAAGAUGGGUUGCCUGUGCGUGUGCGAGCAAGGUAA